UAUUAACAUUAAAGCAAUACAAUAUUUUAGCUGGUCCCAAGUCACCAUAACGCGGAAUUAUUAUAGCCUUGUCCAGGUCACCAGUUACAAUUUUAGUGGAAGAACAAACAAUGAAAAAUUUGGAAGGGUUGGCGCGCACGCGAAAAAAUAUCCACUGGAAUUUGAUGCCCACUUUACAGACAUGUUAUUUUAGGAUUGACCCAACUUAUUGUUACGCAGAUAAGGUUCAGUUUAGGUUGGAGGAAGGGUAAAGAUAAGUUGGUAAGAGCGAGUAUCAGCGGAGGUCGUUCCGGUUUCGUAGCGAUGUAAAAACCUACGUAACUAUUCUGGUUCGUUUGAUGGUAAUUGUGCAAAAAUGCUGAACAUUCUCAGUCAAGGUUUCCGUGAAGGAGUCGACGUAGAAUACGGCCGCGUCUAGCCUAAACCGCCUUUUUAUUUCAAGGACUCCAGACUAUUUAUUACGACGGUUUGCGUAAAUCGAUUAUUAAUUGGGCCAUUACAAUUCUUCAAGGAAACGCUAAGUGUUUCACAUUUAUUCCCAAUGCCCGACCAUUUGUUUGUAACACAAAAUAAAAGGUACAAAAAAAACAAAACAACUCCCGCGAAUUUAAAUACAAAACGUACAACUGUCAGGGUGAAUAUUCAAUUGCGAAAAAUGAUGAGCUUAAUUCGGGAAAAGUUGCUUAAAAUCACGAAGCACUAAAUCAUUCACGAGAUACGUAAUGUUGGGGCAUAAAGAUGUAAUAUUUAGGCUUAACAAAAAAAAAAACGAGUAGAAGCAGAAUAGAAGAUUUGAGCAAACUCCGUAAUUCCGCUCCGUCCCACCGACAUAAAAUAUGAAAGACUGAGCAAAAUUCGGCCGCUUCCCUCGAGCGCGAACUCGGGCACGCUCGGGCAUCAUCGGCAACCCUCGGCCGCUCGUAGCAGCAGUGUAGCACCGGCCGUCCCGUAGCCACCACGUAGCGCUACGAGUUCACGCUACGCCAUCCCGGACCUUCAAUCAAAACCGUGAUAGUGAUUUUGUGAAUACAAUAUUGCGUGUGAGACGAAUCAUAUCGUGUUAAUAGCAAGUUAUGUGUGCAUGUGUGCGUGCGGGCGUCCUGGCUGCUGAUUGGUCUGUUUGAUGGUGCAGAAAAAUGGUAAACAACAAUUGGCAAGAUCGCUCAGCGAGUUCUCAAAGGUAUAUUUAAGUGAUACGAUCCGGUAACCAGCUCGCAUGACCACAAAGUAUUGUUAAGAUGAGAUGGCAAGUGGGUGGCGGGAUGGGCCUGCCGCUCGCCGCUGCCGUCGUCCUCAUGCUGCCAAUCUUUACCUCCUCCACGGGGGACAUACGUCACCACGGCACGUCCAGACAGCGCGGCUGGCGCGGCGUGCAGGGCGCCCCGGAGGCAGCCGCCAACAACUCCGUGAGCAACGUCACCGCUCAGCUCGGGGGCACCGCCUUCCUGCACUGCCUCGUCGGGCAUCUGAAUGAGAGGGGGCAAGUCUCGUGGAUCAGGAAGCGGGACUGGCACAUCCUGAGUUCCGGCAAGUUCACGUACACAAACGAUGAGCGAUUUCAAGUACUCCACGGCGAGGGGACGGAGGACUGGACGCUGCAAAUUAAAUUUGUGCAAAAACGUGACAACGGAACCUACGAGUGCCAGGUGUCAACCCGCACGGGGCUAGUGUCCCACUACGUGCGGCUGCAGAUCGUGGUGCCCGAGGCCUUCAUCCUCGGCUCGGGGGAGCACCACGUGGACCUCGGCAGCGUCAUACACCUCAUCUGUAUUGUGGAGAAGAGCCCGGUGCCUCCGCAAUACGUGUUCUGGUACCACAACGCCCGCAUGAUCAACUACGACGCCCUCCGCGGAGGCAUCACGGUGGAGACGGAGCCCGGGGCUCGCACGCAGUCGCGGCUGACCGUGCGGGGGGCCACGCUGAAGGAUUCAGGGAACUAUACUUGCAGCGCGAGCAAUACUGAGCCGGCGUCAAUACACGUGUUUGUGUCUGAAGGAAGUAACAAAAUGGCGGCGAUCCUGCGUCGCAACACAAGCGCGAUCCACGGCAUCACGUCCUCCGUGACCUGCCUGCUGCUGCUGGCCAGUGUGGCUCUGCACGUGCUGUGCCGAUGACGGCUAGUCUAGACGUCUAUGCUCAGAGACCUAGGUGUAAGGCUUAGAUGUACGAAAAAGGUGGUGUGGUCAUGCAAACCAAAAAAGUGACCGCAUUUUUACUGUCAACAAGUUCAAGCUAAUGACAACCAUUGUAUCAAUGAAUAAAGUUACAAAUCUUCUAACCGAACUAAUAGCAAUACAAAUAAGAGCUCAAAAAGAGCUAAGUGGUAGAAGCGGGGUGUUAUUGGUCGAGACGUUUUUUUUGCAUUGACACUCCAUCUAGUCCGUAUUAAAAUAUCGUUGGUUUAAGGUUAGUAAGGUGGUGGGAGAUAAGGGUCAAUAAUGGACGCGGUAAUCGUCCACCUAUCGGUG